AUGGAGGACGAUGACGACCUGCUGGCGGAGCUUGAGGCUGAGUUGGCAGACCUCGGCGAUGAUGAUGAUGGUGGUGAAGACGAUAACGAUGAACACGUUGGUGGUGACGCUGGUGGUGUAGAUGAAGGGAAGGAGUUGGAAAGCCAUGCGGAGGAAGGCAAAAGGGCUGGAAACAGCAACAACAGCACAGCGGGCAGAACAGCGGGCAGCAGUACCCAGUCCGGGUUGUCCACGGAGGACUUUGCAGCACUGCAGGCACAGCUUGUGGAGCUCAAGACUCAGCUGUACGAUUCGCAAGGGCGAGAGAAGGCACUGCGAAAGAAGUACAAAGCGCUGAGCAAAGCGACUGCGGCCUCGAGCGGCGGCGGGUCAAGCGGAUCCACAUCAUCGCGGUCCGCAGCAAAGAAGUUCUUCAGCGAUGUGUUCAAGCGAAACAAAGGCGACACACAGCAGCAAUCAGAACAACAGCAAGAACAGCAAGAACAACAACAACAGGACAGGAGCGAUGACUCUGCCAAAGAUGGCAGGCAGCGGUCAUCAUCAUCAGCGAAGAAGGCAAAGCAGCAGCACGACGACACGCUCGUCCGGCAGACGGCUGAGAUUAAGGAGUUGAAGCAGACAAUCUCCAACUUGGAGGCUGAAAUAGCGCUCCACCGCGAAACAAAGGACGAGCUGUCGCGAACGGUGCGGGCGUCGCAGCUCGAUCUUGAGGACCAGCGCAAUCUGUUCAAGAAGAGCAUGGCCGAGGUGUCCCAGCGCAACACCAACCUUGCAUCCCAGCUCCGCGUGGUGCAGAUGGACAAGCAGUCGCUCGCCAAGCAGUUCAAUGCCGUGCGCAAGGAGAGGGACGACUUGAAGCUACAGCUUGAUGCUGCACUCGCUGCACGCGCGGACAAGAACGAGCACCAACACGACGACGACGAUGGUGAUGAAGGAAGCCAGAGCGUGGCUGAUGGCGGUGGUGAAACACAGAAGGAACAACAACAACAGCCGCAGCAGCAGCAGCAGGAGAAGGAGAAUGAUGAUGGUGGUGAAAGUGAUGGUGGCAGUGGUGAGAAGGAAGAGAAUGAGGAGAUGGAAGGUGAUGAUGGGAUGAAUGAGGACGGAGAAGCAGUGCGCACACGCGAUAGAGACGAGAAUGAUGCCGAGGCGAUGGUGUCACAACAGGAACAGAAGCACGACAGCCACGACACCAAGCAGCAGCAGGAGGACGAGGAGGGCAGAGGGGAAGACGAAGUGAGUGGAAGCGAAAGCAGAGGCGAUCGUGAUGGUGGCAGUGAUGACGGCGUUGAAAAGUUGAGGGCGGAACUGGAAGCGCUGCAGGCAAAACUCUUUGCAGCCGAAGACGAGGCGCGCACACUGCGGGACGAGGCUGCAGCGACCAAAUGCGAACUGGAACGCGUGCAGAGGGAACUCAAGGUGGACAAAGUAUGGGUCGUUCUUCAGCGUCAACAACCGAUCGGUUAG